AUGGAAAAGUCUACAAAACCACCACGUAAUCAACUUGUAACUCUAGACGACGUAGAGCGACACAUUGUACAACUAAAUGCACAGUUGCCACCGGCUACGAACCGCCGCAUGGCCAAGGCCGAAUAUAAACGGCUUAAACAUUGCGAGACAGUGCGGCAAUCACGGGUGCGAAAAAAGAACGAACGUCAUGCAUUACGACAGGUUCAUGAAGAAUUAGAGACCGAGCUGAAUCAGAUGCUGAGUCGCUAUAAACAAGAGCACAAUUGGAUGCAGUUUAAUGAACAGUCAGUGCGAGACGUUCUGAUGAAGAAAUUUGUGCACUCGAUCUACGAGGUGCGGGGGUUACGGCGAGAAGGAGCAGAAUUGAGGGACCACUUUCUAAUGCACGACGCACUGGGCGAGCAACUUGAGCGACUACAAGAAGAUUUUUGUAUUCCAAAACAAUUGGAUACGAGAAUGUCCAUUGGGACUGUUCAUUUUCAAGAGAUCAGUGUCGCUGAGGCUAGAGAUAUCAUGGUGGACUCGCAUCGACAAGCGACGUCAUUUUUUGAGACGAUGCAGGGAAUGGAGACGAAAGAAGAGGACAAGACAAUGGGCUGGACACAGCAUCAACGAAUUACGUUGGAUGGACGAGUGCAGUUUAAUUUCACAAAGAGAAUUCACACGAUUGGGACGGAGGAACUUGUGCACAAAAGCUGGGAAAUGUACUGUGACUUUGGUCUGUAUCACGGUAUCUACGCAUCCGUGCAAAAGCUUGAGAUCUUGCAAAAGAUCAAUGACAAUACGCUCUUGAUACGACGAGACCUGCAGGAAGGAAGCUCGGCGCCUAUUUUCCGCACAGUAUUCUUGUUGUUUCGCAUCAGGUUGUCGAACGGAUACCUUAUUUGCUUUCGGUCUUACGACCCUGGAGUGUGUAUCGAGGAUGACGACGACCCGAAUGUACAGUGGAUGGAGAUGUUUUACUGGCUAAUGAUUACAGACUUGCCUGUUGAGGAAGCAGCUGAAAGUGUUGGAGGCUCCUCAUGGCCGCCAGUCCAAGGCUGCGACGUAUCGUUUGGCGGUAAUCUGCUCAAUAGUGGGAGCGCCAAACACGCUACAAUCUGGAAGUAUCAGAUCGCCGUGGCACUUUUGCGAUGGGAAAGCAAUGCUGCUGCGCCAUUAUUUGCGCUGUAUGGAUAG